UAAUAAUAAUAAUAAUAAUAAUAAUCUAAAACAAAAUUAUUCUGAGAGUUGGAUAUCUAUACAUCUUACAAGAGAAUUCCCCUGAUCCUUAAGAGCAUUCUCCCAAUCUUUAAAUAUUAAAUAAAGGCUGUAAUGGUUGAAGAUCGAUUUUUAAAAUUUGGCUAAUUGUUGCUUGUAUCACAAGCUUUUUUUGUAGACAAACAUGAACGCAUGGCAUUCUUGAGCAGAAAAAUUUUGGGACAAAUUCUAACAUUAAUAAAAAUAUUGGAGCAAAUUCUAAAAUUAAUAAAAAUACCAACACCCGUAAUACAAAAAUCAUUUCCAAAAAGAGAUAUUAUUUUUAAAAUUAGGCCUUUAGUUUUAUACACACAUACCUAUAGACUAUGCAGAGAGAAAACGAUUCAGUUCAUUGAAAAAAAUGAAAAGAUCAAUAAACAUAUUCUAUAAAAAUUGGUAAUAACUGCAGUUGUCUUCCAGAUUUGAGUUCAAAAAUAAGAUUAGAACGAUUAAGUUUCAGGAAAACAAGCCAACGUACAUAUGGAAUCACACCUGUUUGGAUACAUAUAUAAAAAUAUUCCCAUUCAUUUUCUCUGAACAUGUAUGAAGUAUAUGAAACUCCUUUCCAGCUUGGAGGGUAUCGGAUUGACUUUUAAAUGAAAUGGGUUUAUAUGUAUAUGUGUGUGUGUGUGUGUGUGUGUGUGUACAUACAUACACACACACAUAUAUAUAUAUAGGUUUAACACAGGGGUGUGUUAAAUGUUGGGGGUUUUGUGACAUCACCAGGUUAAAGUACCCAAUCAGCAUGCACUCUGGAGAAAAUUAUUUAGUGGGGUGUUUCCUAUAAUAUACUGUAUUCAAGUCUCUUAAAGAAAGAAGCAGGAAAAAAAGGUAGCCAUGCCAUGGAUUUUGUUUGGUGUCUGGGGGGCAUUGAAAACCCUGCUUUUUGCAGCUCAGCAAUGAUCCUUUGCUCAAAGGCUUGCCUGCCUGUUUUUAAAGAUUGGGCUGAUUAAGAGAUGGGUGAGAUAAUCUGAUUCCAAGAAGAAAAGAUAGGAGGAGGAGGAGGAAAAAUAACUGAGGGAAGAGGACAUUUUUUUCCUUUGGACUUCUCUGGGGAUGUUUAGAGAGUGGAGAAUAAAGCGCUGAGAAAAGAGGAGGCAGCUCUGCAUUCUCAAGAGAUGCAUUUGAAAGGAAAAUUUCUCACUCAGCGACGAGUGCUUGAUUUGGGGAAGGGGGAUAGAUGGGAAAUGGGAAGAGGUUGGAAGAAGAGCCGUUUCUACUAGCUCCCCACUGGCGUCCUCCCUGCCUACCUUUUAUUUUUAUUUUAAACAUGUUUCUGACCUGCGGGAUGGCUCCAGCUGCGGCUUCCGCUGCCACUUCAAUGGAUUACAAUGGAGAUUUCCAAGCUGGUUAUCAGGAAAUCGACGGCAUCAACCUGGGUUACCUGCAAAUUAACGGCACGAAGAUGUUUGCUCUGACCCAGGUCUUCAGCGACCUUUUUAAGGACAUUCCUCGGGCCGCCGUGAGCAAAAAAAUGGAAAGCCUCAACAUCCAGAGUCGCCGGUGCGACCUGAAGGAGCUGCGCACUCUCAAAGCCAUCCAGUCGGUGCCAAUACGCGCCGUCAAGUGUUCGCUCAUUUCCAAGACCGACCUGGAGGCCCUCUGCACCUCCUGCAAGGCCUUAACCCCCAGGAAGAGGAAGAGGAAGAGGAAAGUCAAAAGGAGGGAAGCCGAGGUCCUGUUCGAUCGGCCCCGGUUACUCCCGGCGUAUGACGAACCCGAUCACCACGCCUUUCGUGCCAGUUUGGAUGCAGGCUGCGCCAAGCGCGAAGCACUCUUCGCAGCUCCAUUUGCUAGGAGUUACGAGAAAGCCGCGCCGCCUUCCAAAAGCUACAGCCGGAACGGUAGAGCGCACCUCCUGGCCGGCGUCCUCAACGCUUACCCAGGGGACUUGCAAUUCUUACACUCGGCAGUCAGGGCGCACGGAACCGGUCAACCGGUUUGCGAGCCGGAGAUCGGGCGCCCUAAGCGCUCCACUUGUGGAUGCCUGGCCAAGAAAGGUCGCUCGGCCUCUAUCGCCGGCUCCAAGAGGCAAGGUACAUCGGCUGGCUUUUCUAGUGAUUCAGAUUCCAGCGGUGCGUCAAGCCCGGCAAGUUCUAGCGAUUCUUCGGAAGAUGAGGAGGAGGAGGAGGAAGACGACGACGAAGAGGAGGACGAAUCUUCCUGCAGUAGCGAAGACGGCAGCUCCUCCGGAUCAGAAAGUAGUUCUCUAUGCAGUGGCGACUCCGUGCAAAGCACGCGGUACAGACAGGCCGCCCUUCCCCGCAUCCCUCCCCAAAAUGCAUCUUCCCAAGUCCUCCCCAGCGUGGCCAAAGCACUACGCCCCGACCCGAACUUGAUCUUUUGGGCCAGGACGUUGCGCGCCUCCACUUUGGAAAGUUUCAAGCCGGUUCCCACCACUACGCUUCAGCAGGACAGACCGGAGACUCGGCAUGCUCGUUCGGUAGGCCCUAGCGAAAGACCGCAGCCAAAGAACGGAGGCGUCAGGGAGUCGUUGGAGUUGGGUGUCCAGGAAGGCGAAGAGGCCGAUUUUCUGAGCAUUCCUGAUCGUGUCCGAACCGGCGAACGUGAUAAAACCGAAGAAGCCGCGCUUCAGCAGACCUCCGAGGAAGGGUCAGGCAGAGGGGCCCAUUUCGACCGGCUUAUCAGGCAAUCGAAACUGUGGUGCUACGCCAAAGGGUUCAACGUGGAUGGGAAAGUCUUGCGCAGAGCCGAGCAGGCCAAAGGGUGUCCCCCCACUUCCAAAGCUGGCCUUCUCAGCCUGGCCAACAGACCGCUGAAAGGAAGCAGCGAUUCGGAAAGAAGUGCCAGGAGAAGUCGAGUCGAACAGGCCAAGGGGAGGCCCCCCAAGAUCCCGAGGAAGAAGACCCCAAAGGGGGGCGCUCCGCCUUGCAAACGCUUGCUCAGUACCACUCCGGGGCCUGUAAGGAAUCCAUUUACUUUGAUGGGCACUUUUCCAUGUACUCCCGCAUUAGUCGUGGGUUCCGAUGGGGAUCUCUGUCCUGCGUCGUCCCUAUGCGUCAAAGACUCCUGCAUCCUUUCCAAAACGCACCCACUUUGGACCUGGCAGCUGGGGGGCCAUGCUAUCCCCAUGCCUCCCAGCCUGAAAUUCCGGGGAUAUGGUUUUGAAAAUGUCUAGAUGGAAGAUUUUAAAUUAGUUUGUGUGCAACGAUUUGUCUUUGGUAGAGGGAACAGUGUGGAUGGGAAAGUUAAAAUAGAAUAUAUUCUGAAAAGAAAAGGAAAAUGAUCUCGCCAUCUUAAGUACAUAUACUUGGAAAUAACCUUUUUGGGUUCAGUGGCCUUUAAUUCCAAGUCAGGUGAUAAUAGCAAUUGAUGUUUAAACUCAUUUGCCCCAAAGUAAGACUGGCUGAAAUAGAUAAAAAUGUUUUUAAAUAGAAAAAGUGCAAUCAAAUAUAUAACUAUUCAGGAGGAAUUAUGGGAUUUAAUUAUGUACAAGUGGCUGUAAGUUUGAAGCUUAAAAGUUUUCAAAAGAAUGGACUUUUGAUUCCCAAAUAGCUCGUUGUUUUUUAAAAAAUCCUGAAAAUCUCCAUCACAUGGCAUUUCUGACAUUCCUUUAUUUAUAGAAGUGGCUUUGUUUUAAAGAGCCCAUCUAAUCAGUAAUUCUUAAUAAAAUUACACACAUUUGAAAAUAUAAAUUUAAAAUCUUACUUGACAAUGAUUACAGGGGGCCAAAAUAAAUGAUUAAAAAGAAAUGAUGACAGUAAGAGAAAGUAACUUGAAAAUAAAGCUGAGUAUAAAUAUCUAACUUUUAUGCUUUUAGUUGGGGAUACAGUGUUUUUGUUCAUAUUGCACAUUUAUAUUGUAGGAAGCUGCAAUAACAAUAGUUAAAAAGAAGAAGAUACAGGCUGUUUGGAGAAAAUCUGGUCUCCUUUCCUUUUAACAUGCAGUGGUUUGUUCUAUACUGUGAAAUUUGGAAAAGCUGUGGGGGGUGUUGUUGUAGGGAAUGAGAAAGUUUCUGGAGAAGGCUCCCCUCCCCUCUCCAAGUGAAAGACCCUUCUAUUCUCUCCCUCCCCCAUUAGCAGAGUUAAAAGUAUGCUCUCUUCCCAGCCCCCAACUUUCUUCCUUAAUUUGGAAGAGAAAUGGAAAGGCCUCUCAACUGCAGCACAUUAAACUCAUCAAAGGAUCACUCCCCUCCCCAUUCUAUUCACUUCCUGAUUAAAACUUAAGCAAAGCCAAUCUUAUCCCCAAUACCAGAACUUUGAGAAAAAGAAAGGUCUC